AUUGAGAAACCGGCUUCUCGCCAACCUCGGAGCAUAAUUUUUGGGGGUUUAAACGUCGAUCCCGUUCGUACAGCUGUACGUAAGUGUGACGUAAGCAUCGGAAGGGUCAUCGUCGUAUGUACGUUAAUUUGACACAGGAAAUUAUACGGAAAAACAUAGAACUUACAGUAUAUUGGAUCGAGACAUGCCUCGCUGAAGAUUCGAAACUCGAUAGAAAAAUGAUAUUAAAAAGCAAAACGAAUAAAAGCUGACGUUAUGCUUCGAGAAAUGAUGAGAUGGCCAGUGGCCAUGUUUGAAUCUGGAGACUUAGAAGAAGUGGAGUUAGAAGCUCACCAUACCUUACUAAAUGACAAGUGGAAGCAGCUUUUUGAUAAGUUUGAUCCGGAAGGGUUUGGCGAGAUCCCUUGGGACGACUUUCUAGAAGCUUUAGAAAGUACGGAAUUUCAGGAGGCUAUAGAACCCAGGAAGAGGGAGAUCUUGGCUAUUAAAGCUGCCGAACAAAAAACUUCUGCCAUCUCCUUCGAAGACUUCAUCUCGGUAAUGAGUGGGAAGAGGACGAGGAGUUUUAAAAUAGCUGUCCAUCACAAAGAUCGCGAGGUAUGGAGCGAACACGAUUUUCGUCUAUUAACGUCAGAACCGGGUCUGUUCCAUCGAAUGGUUCACAUAAUAGCGCAAGAAUUCCUUCCAGACGAGAGAGAUCGUAAAUACUAUGCAGAUAAUUACAAAUGCUGUCCUCCUCCUUUCUUUAUCAUCAUUGUCACUUUAAUGGAGUUAAGUGUUUUUAUUUAUUAUACGGUGACGGUGGGAAGCAUUACAAGUAAAGGACCAGUACCCAUCGACAGCAUGUUCAUCUAUCGUCCUGACAAAAGAUCGCAAUUUUGGCGUUUUAUUUUUUAUGUGGUGUUACAUGCUGGAUGGAUUCAUUUAGUAUUCAAUUUAUUGGUCCAGAUUUUAGUAGGAAUCCCAUUAGAAAUGGUCCACGGAUCGCUUCGUAUAGGUACAGUCUACAUGGCUGGUGUUUUAGCGGGAUCAUUAGGUACUUCAGUCUUUGAUAGAAAAGUUUACUUGGUUGGCGCUUCGGGAGGAGUGUAUGCCCUUCUCGCCGCUCACCUAGCUAAUGUAGUGUUGAAUUACAAUCAGAUGGAACUGGGAAUAGUGAGGUUAAUUGGAAUUUUUCUAGUGGCCAGUGCAGACGUUGGCUUUGCAAUUUACAAUCGUUAUUCCUUGGACUAUCACGGAGCUCCCGUGUCGUAUGUGGCGCAUCUGACAGGUGCCUUGGCAGGUUUGACUAUAGGAUUGUUGGUUUUGAAGAAUUUCGAACAAAAGUUGCACGAGCAAGUUAUGUGGUGGAUUGCUCUCGGUGUUUAUGCCGCAUGCACGCUCUUCGCUGUACUUUGCAACGUCUUCGCCGACUGAAGCAAACUCAGGGAUCACUAAAGCAAUACACCAGAUGAUUUCAAAAUACCCGCAAUAGAAUAUCGUUGUAUCUAUCAUAAUUUUAAUAUUUAUCCUAAAUAUUUCGAUUAUUGCAAUGUAUAUAAACUCGCAUUAGCAAAUAUUAACUCCGGUAUAUAUUUUUUAAUUAAUUAACUCGAUAUAAAAUUUACGAAACGUGUCCGUUAUCAAGAUGGCGACGGUCUUACGGUACGUUAAGUUUACUUAUUUCGCCUUCACUAUUUUAUGGGAGAGUUUCGUUUAAGAUUCAGUAUCUUAAAACCUAUGGAAGAUGUAGAGAAUUAGAGGAUAAUUUUAAUUUUUAAAUUUCGAACUUUUCGGAUUGCUACAAAAAUUGAUUUUUGUAAUCCAUAUGGUGAAAAUAUUCUUCUGACUUAACUCAUUCACAAUGAUGUAAAUAUCAUAUUUAAUAUUUGGGCCAAUUCGAAGGAUGCCCGCCCAUACAUGUGAUGCAUUUCAUAUCUUUAAUGUUUACAUAUAAUGAAGUAUUCAUAUCCUACAGAAUCUGUACUCAUCCAUGCCACUUGAACCAUCCAGACUGGCUGAUUUGCAUAUCAGCUUUUGUUAUAAAUGGGAAGAUAGUUCAAGGUUAAAGUGAUAAAGUUAUCACUGAAAAGCUGAUCUUGAAUGCUAAUGUAUAAUUUUCCUGAUCCACCGAUUACCUUAGAUUUCGAGAUUAAACUAGACAUAAAUUACUCAAGGCCUGCAGUUAGGAUUGUUUAUAGAUGACACCUCCAAAGUAAAGAUUCUUUCCUUGUUACUGGUAUUUAAAAAAAUUGUGGCAGCAAGUUGUGUAAUUUCUUGGAAAGAGUUAAAAUUGUGAGUAGCGCCAACUGUUACGAAUUUUAUUUAAAAAUUCUUAUUAUAAAAUGGCAUAGAACUCAAUUUUCAGGGUUUAGACGAGUUUUAAAAAAAUUAUAAAUGCUAAUGGGUAAAAUCUUCAUUGAAUCCGAUCCAUCGCGAGAUAUAAUAAAUGACCUCGUCUAUCUUCCCACUCCCUCGACCUUCAACCACCAAAAUUUAACAGUGUUAAUGUUCCUAAUACAAAAAUAUUCCUGCAAAAUUUCAGAAAUUUUCGACAAAAGACACAGGAGUUAUUAAGCUUCAAAGUGGGUGCCACCCACAAGCUAACAUCCAUACAUAUAGGAACACCCCAACUUUGCAUUUCUGGACGUUUCCCCAAGUCCUCCGAUUCCAAAAAUGUAAAAAUCUUAGGGGGCCCAUACUUUCCCUCUGUUACAUACAAGCUGGGAAAGUAAACACUGAAACAGACCUGGGCGUGCACAACAGGGAACCUUAAUUAAGGAUUUGAUAGGAAGCCAUUAAAGAUUUGUAUACAAAGGUUGAUAUGCAAAGUGUCUUUAACCUUUUAACACGAAGACCAAUAUGCUCAAAAAUUUGAUUGCUGAUUUCUUCUCUUUGCCAAUUUACAAGAAACAAUGGAACUUAUUCCAGUCAACUAAAAAGAAUUUUUUUUUUUAAAUAUUGCCUUAAUUUAUAACAAAGAAAUUAUUAAUUUAUUACUAUU